AUGCAUCGUCUUUUUGCUGAGCUGGAGCCAUCUAUAACCGUCAUAGAGCAAAACAUGGCAGAUCGAGUUUGGUAUAUCUUGCGCUCAAAUACAUUUGAUGUCGCCGAACUCGAACGGCUACGACGUCAGGCUGUUCCUUCAUCGGGUGAAAAUGCUACGGCUGAGGAUGCGGCGCCACAACUUGCAGAGCAAACGGCAAACGUGGAUACCGCCGUGAAUACCCCAGUUGUGGUUGAAUCAAAUGAUGAUGGAACAAUCGCCCAGGAACUGGUACUAGAGCAAAUGAAGAGUACAUUGGAAGAGGAGAUUGUGGAAACGCGGCCCUCGAAAUCACUCCCUAGCCUAAGCAAGCGGAAUCGGGCUGUCGUGAGGGCUCUGAACCCAAUUCUGGUGACUUAUUUGGAAGCCAGCCGGGACAUUUGCGAGACGGACUCAAUUCUUUUUGGCACCGCACUGGCAGUCUGCCGUAUUAUAGGCGCCAAACUUUCCACGGCUGGACGCGCUAAUGGAGAAAGUAGUGCUAUCCCAGCCUGGAGAAUAAGAAUUGAAGAACGUAUUGCAAAGGCUAGGGCCCUUAUCGGCAGACUGAUAUGCUUCAGGUCAGGCAAUGCCGGGCCAAGGAUUGUGCGCACCGUCAGGAUGGCGUUUGCUGGGACAAAUGUUAGUUUGUGCCAGCCGGAUAUGAUGCAAAAACUGACGGAGUACAUAGACGACCUGAAGCAGAGAAUCGCUGCUUGGGGAAAACGGAUUCGGCGAUAUACCGAGAGGUCGACACGGUUCAACCAGAAUCGUCUCUUCCAGACUGAUCAGAAGAGGCUUUAUAAAUCAUUGGAGCGACCAAUGGUAGGUGGAACGGGCCCAGCACCGAAUCAGGCUGACACAGUUGCAUUCUGGCGCAGCCUGUGGUCAGAGCCCGUAAACCACACAGGGCAGUGUAUGGGGCAGUGA